GUAUGCUGGCACGUAUGCUUGCAGCAUGGCAUGGCAGGUGAUGACAGGUGUUGGUGAGGCGUCUCGUCUCAGUCUCAGCUGUGCCAGCAGCCAGCAGGUGGCAGGUGUGUGCGGCUGCAUGCCUCUGGAGGGCGUGCAGGCGCUAGCCGUCUCGCCCAAGGGCUCGUACCUGCAGCAGCCAGCAGGUGGUAUGCAGCUUGUGUGCGGCUGCAUGCCUCUGGAGGGUGUGCAGGCGCUCGCCGUCUCGCCCAAGGGCUCCUAUCUGCAGGUGGGUGGCACUUGUGUUUCAACGCCCCUCAGCACCAGUGGGGUGUGGGCAGCAGCCGGAGCCCAAUCUGACUGUGCUGAUCCCACCCCACUGUUCCUCUACCCAUUCCCCCCCUCCGCCCCUCCCCCACCAUGGCAGGUGUUUCAGCGGCCGUCACCACCCCCUGCAGGGGGCGGGCAGGCAGAGAGCAAUCUGACGGUGCGGCGGCGGCCGUCACCACCCCCUGCAGGGGGCGGGCAGGCAGAGAGCAAUCUGACGGUGUUUCAACGCCCCUCAGCACCAGCAGGGGGAGGGCAGGCAGAGCCCAAUCUGACGGUGCAACGGGUGUGUGUGUGUGUGCUGAACCCUCUGUUCCCUCCUCCCGCUUCAACCCCCCACUCACCACUGCAGGUGUUUCAACGCCCCUCAGCACCAGCGGGGGGCGGGCAGGCGGAGCCCAACCUGAUGGUGCGGCGGGUGAGCGAUGGGGAGGUGGUGUGGCGGCAGGUGCAGAAGACUUUCAACUCUGCCGCAUGGUGGGUGGGUGGGGGGAGGGAUAUGGAUGGCGGGGGCUAUGCGUGGGGGGGCUAUGGGGAGGGAGCGGUUGGGUUGGGUGAGCGACUGGGAGGUGAUGUGGCAGCAGAUGCAGAAGACUUUCAACUCUGCCGCAUGGUGGGUGGGGGGCCCAGCGUGCAGUUCAGCGCAGAUGAGUCCGUGGCUUGCCGCCCGGUAAACGGCGAGGUGCAACUGUUCACCGGCGCUGACCUGGCGGCCGGCGUGGCCGCCCGGCUCAAGGUGCCCGGGAUGACGUCAGCACAGCUGGCGCCAUCUCCCCCAUCCCACAUCGCUGUGUUUGCUCCCGAGGCCAAGGGAGCCCCAGCCAGUGUGCGAAUUAUCACCCGAGAUAGCGCAACCCCUUUGUCCUCCUCCUCUGCUGUUGCAAUGGCCACGUGGUCGUCCCACGUGGUCGGAGCCCCAGCCAGUGUGCGCAUCUUCACGCGUGACAGUCUGUAUGGCGCUCAGCUUUAUGUCCUUUGUCUCCCUUCCCUCUUGCUCCCGCUCUCCUUUCUGCCACCCCCCCAGGGAGCCCCAGCCAGUGUGCGCAUCUUCACGCGUGACAGCGCCACUCCUUCCUCCUCCUCCUCCGCCGCCUCCGCCCCACCCGCCCCCAUAGCGAGACGCAGCUUCUUCAAGUGCAGUGCAGUGCGGCUGGUGUGGAACAUGGGGACCACUGCUGUGCUGGCAUGGACGCACUCUGACGUGGACAAGACCAAUCAGAGCUACUAUGGCGAGUCGGGGCUGCAUUUUCUGGCGGCUGAUGGGAGCUUCGAGGGCGCCGUGCCACUAUCAAAGGAGGGGCCGAUUCACGACGUGCAGUGGUCGCCCAAUGGGAAGGACUUUGUGGUGGUGCAUGGAUUCAUGCCAGCCAAGGCCACACUCUUCGAUAAUCGCUGCAAGCCCCUCUUUGACUUUGGUUCUGGCCCGCGCAACCUGGUUCGCUGGAGCCCUCACGGCCGAUUUAUUUGUCUUGCGGGCUUCGGCAAUCUUCCCGGUGACGUUGAGGUGUGGGAGCGCACUCGGCUGAAGCAACCGGGAAAGGCCAAGGCGCCGUGCGGGGUGUCAGCCGAGUGGAGCCCGGAUGGCCGGCACAUUCUUGUAGCCACCACCGCUCCCCGCCUGCAGGUCGAUAACGGCUUCAAGGUCUUCAAGUACGAUGGAUCUCUGCUGCUACACCGACCCUAUGGCCUGCUCUACCAGGCGGAGUGGGCGCCAGCACCCGAGGGCACGUAUGCCGAUCGCCCUCCCUCACCCCGCUCCGCCAAAAAAGACCAAGCCACACCAGUGCAACCCCCAGCAGCCAAGCCGGCGCCCUACCGCCCACCCAACGCGGCCCUCAUGACCUCUACCUUCCGAGCACAGAUGUCAGGAGAGGAUGACAAGCCGCACAAGAUAGGCGCGCCAAAGAAGUACAUCCCUCCCGGGGCGGAGUCAGCGGAGCUAUCCAAGAGCGCCAAGAAGAAUGCCAAGAAGAGGGAGGCUGCCAAGGCCAAGAAGGACGCUGCUUCACCUGAUCAGACGAGUCAAGGCAAGCAGGCGAACCAGCAGGCUCCUAGUAUGGCAGCACUCAGCAUUGACGACCGCCCCAAGGCACAGCCGGAGCAGCAGGCACCGCAGGCGCCACAAGGACAAGGCGCGGACGAGGCAGCGGAGAAAGCUAAGAGAGUGCGCAACCUGGGGAAGCGGCUGCGACAGAUUGAGGAGCUCAAGGCGCGUGUGGCAGCCGCGGGGGGCAGCACAGCUGGGCUGGAUGCAGCACAGCUGGAGAAGCUGGGGCAGGAGACAGCAGUGAGAGCUGAGCUGGCGAGCUUGCAGGGGUAG